AUGGUAUCUGGGCGUAGUGAUGGUUCACCUGCAUCACGACGCCUUACACUACCGCAGUUGACGUCAUAUGACAGGUCACGCAAACCACACACGUUAUGUUCCGGUGUUGAUACAAAAUCUAUUCAUUUUGAUUGGAUUAGUAAAGAGUUGGAAUGUGGCAUCUGCGAAAAGACAAUACAAAAUACGAUGGUUGUGAGGAAUUGUAUGCAUCGUUUUUGUGCAGAUUGUAUAUUGCAAAGAAUACACACUGGAGCGAGGAAGUGUCCCUCAUGUCAUAAAGUUCUUCCGAAAAAGACACCACUGAAAAGUGAUGCAAAUUUUGAUGCUAUUAUAAAUAAGUUCACACUGUCAGUCGAAAGGAGAUGUGUGAAACGUCCGAUCACCGAGUCAAGUAAUUUAUGUUUCACCAAGAAGAGGGUUUUUGAUAAGAAAUCAUCUAUUAAACGUUUGACGAGUUGGAAUACAGUAGUUCCUUCAUCUUCAUCAGAAUGGACACCUUCGAAAAAUGCUAAGGCGUCGGGAAAGUGCGAUUCGAUGACAGAUUCAGCAUCAAACAUACCUUUAGAAAUAAAACCACCGUUACUGCCUAGCAUGCAUUCCGAUGCAUCCGAUCCUCCGCUCACAAUUGAUGAAGAUUCUUCAGAUGAUGUUUAUCCGAAUUUCGAACAACCAACAACAUCGUCAUAUGCAGAGGGUGAAAACAGAUUAAAUGUUAAUGAUACAAGUCAAAAGAGAACAAAAUCGAGUCGGUUGGCAUCAAAUCACUGUGAAGUGACUCCAGUCGUUGUUUUGCAGAAGUCUAGGAGUCAUGAACGGCUUAAUGGAAUGGCUGUAAAGAAUGCUCAGGUUAAUGGUAAAAACGAGCGUUCUUCAAAGUGCUUGAACGUGUAUCCUAUUCUUGGUCCAUCUACGCACAUUGUAACAAAUCAAGUUAAUUCAAAUUUGAAUCUUCCGACUACUGUUUCGGUUUCUGGGAUUUCAAACGGAAGUUUGCUUCAUGCCAAUGGAAAUAGAAGCAAUUUCCUGGGAGAAGAUGUAAUGAUGAUGUCACCACGUUCUUCUGAGUAUUUGCUGAUGUCAGGAAAGCAGAGGUUAUCGUCAGGAAUAGAAUCAGAACUUGUUCUUAAUCCUGAUGCAAGUGUAGUGAGUGAUGACUCACUACCUAUUGCUGCUAAACAUUUGCGAUACAUUAUCACAUGUCCAACAACUACAGUUGGUCAUUUAUGUGAAUACAUACUGCAGCGAAUCAGGGUGGAGUCACGUGCUGAAUGGGGCAGAAAGUACAGUGAUAAGUGUCUACCGGAGCGCGUUCUCCUGUGUCCGGUAAAGUCUGAUCUAGCUCUAGAUGAUGUGCUCGUGGUAAAUGAAACGGGAGAGGGUCAGUUUACAACUUUAAAUGUUGGUGAACGGAACAGCGAUCCGAAGUCAGCUUCAGUUUUUACCAUUAAUUCACCAUUUACUGCAUUGGAUGAAUCGAUAACAAUUGAGCAGUUGAAAGCAGAAUAUUGGGCGAAUAAAAAGAGACCACUGAAACUUAUUUUUAAAUUUAUUGGAAAGUCAUAG